AUGAACCAGCAUCGAGGCACAUCUUAUGAUCGUGACAUUGUGUCACAGUCUUGGAAACUGCGCCUGCAUCCCAGCAUCUUCCAUCUACCAAGAGCCCAACACAAGAUAAACGAUAUGGGAAUGGCAAACAUGUCAAACACAUCAAAUCCCAGCAAUGCAGGAUGCCAGAUAGACAUCAUAAACCACAUCCAAGCCAUCCAACAAAACUGGUUCAUCCACCCCGCGACCUCAGAAGAACCCAUCCUUCCACCCUCACUCCUGGCCGGCGUCCCAAUCAACUGCCUCCCAGCCCCAAUCAUCCAAGCCAUCCACGAACUCUCCACACUAACAAUCGGCCAACGAGACCGAGCGCACAACCUCCUAAACACCUACUUCCAAGCACGCAUCCGCGAAGGCUCAUACAGCGGGAAAACGCAAAAGAUCUUCGCCAUCUUGGAAAUCAGCGAUGUGAAGAAGGCAUGCGAGAGUUUACGAAGAAUGAGCCGAGGACGCGAAAUGCAAGGCCCCGUCCCGAUCAAAGAAGAUGAAACGAGAAAGAGGAAGUACUCGAUCAGACAGGAGAUGAAUGCCGUUACUGAGGAAGAAGAAGACGAAGACGCACAAAGGCUAGCGAAACGGUUGAAAGAGGAACUUUGCGUCAUCUCCGAAGACGACACCACCACCAGCAACAACGAGCCUAGCACACCAAUCCACAUAAACUUCGACGAUAUACCCACGCCCCCGGAUUCACAAGCAACAAUAACAGCAACACUUCCUUCUACAACUACCACCCCCCAGACGCAGCGACGCUCCCGACCCCCUCCGAUUGUCAUUGCAGAGAUACCCACGCCUACAGCUACAUCCCCUGGCAUCGUCCCACCGUUCUCGUCUUUCACGCCCCUGUUUAAUAGCCUAGCUCGAGAAUUUGGAGGAGAUCCGGAUACGCCGUGUCCGGUGCGACAGAACACUUACGAGCCCCCACAAUCAGAUCUCCUUAAUGGCUAUGACAACGGCAACGGCAACGACAAACUCACCAGCAACGAUAAUCCCAACGGCACUCUCUUCGAGUCAUACAUGCGCGAUACAUAUCCAGCGCCGAGGAUAGAUCCUCGGGUCCAGGCAGCGCAGAGAGCGACGCAUGAGUUUAAUGUAAGGAGGAUGGAGGUGAUUGAGGCGCAGAGAGUGUUUGAGGAGGCGAAGAGGAGGUUUGGAGAGGCGAAACGGAGGAUGGAAAGCGUGAGGGGAGGGGCGGUGUGGCGGUGA